AUGAUACUUUUUCGAUUCACCAUAGCUUUGCUGAUUAUAUAAAGUUGUACAUCUCAAUAUUCUUAAUGGGCUGUAACAUAUCAUGAAGGAUAGAAUUCAGGUUUUAGUCACUUUGAAUCAGAUGUAGGAUCAAUAAUUUAAUGCAAAUAACCUAAUAUUUCCAUUCUAACUUCUAAUCCUUAUAUUAAGAAAAGAAUUUCUUUACACAAUUUUAAACCGUUUGCUUAAACUUUAAUAGCAAUUGAUUAUUUAAGACCAUAAAAUAUUGAUGUGCAGAUACAAAUAUAGAAUAAGACUUAUGAUCCAAAUUUGAUCGAUCAAAGUUACUAAAGAUUAUUAGUUGAUGAUUGCCUUGGGGAAGAUCCUAAAUAUAUAGAGUAAUCAUUUAUAUAGGAAAUUUUUGGAAAUUCAUUAGAAGAAAUCAAUAUUAUUAUAUAGGCAGGUAUAAAUGAUGAUAAUUAAUUUAUUAUUCAAAGUGAUUAGAAAAUUGCUAUUAAAUAAAUACAUAUUCUUUAAUUAUUAUGUCCUUAAAAUUGCAAGAGAUGUGUUUAUUUAAAUAGUUAAGUCAUUUGUACUAUAUGUAAUUAAGGUUUUGAAUAAUAUAGAGAUGGUUGCAGAUGUGAAGGAUUCAGAUAAAAUGAUAUUUGUGUUGAAGAAUGUUAUGAUGGAUAUGUAUCAGAUUAAUAUUAAAUAUGUCAAAAAGCAGGUUUGAAUUAAUUAUAUUAUUAUUAGAAAUCAUCAAUUCAAUCAAGUUUUAAUAAAACCUAAGGAAGAUUUAUUAAGAAAAUGAACCAUUCGAAUUGGAAUUUGAUUUACAAAGCUCAAAAACCUUUCAAAUUGAAAUUGAAGUCUAAAUUUAUAACUUUUAAGUAAGAUUUUUAUUUAAAAUUUAUAGAAAUUAUCAAUUUUUGAAAUUCAAUUGAAUUAAGGUUAAUAUAUGGCAUAUUUCAAAAUUGAUUAAAGAAUAUUAUUUGGCUUAACUUCAAUGACUCAAAAAGAUUGUGAAUAUGAAGAAUUUUGCACUGUUUAUUAUUUUAAAUCAUAAAUAAUGAAUAUUGAUCAAAAUAAACUUUUCUUUUAAACACUCUUAAAAAAAAUGCCUUAUGUAAAUAUUGUUGAUGAAAAGGAUUGGAUUAAGAAAUCAAUAUAUUGGAAGUUAAUUAAUUUAAAUAUAAAUAUAUUGAAGUUAGAAAAAUAGAUACCAAAAAUAGAGAAUUGUAUAGAGAUAUCAAAUGAAUAAUAAUGUUUAAAAUGUUAGAUUCCAUUUUUUGUUUUAGAUGGUUAGUGUAUUAAUAAAUGUCCAUUAUAGUAGCCGAAAAGCAAUGAAAUAUGUUUUGAUUCAAAAACUGACAAUCUAUAAAUUCUGUAAUUUUCUUAAGUUUAAAAUGAAUAUCAGAAUCUAAAUUAAAUCUAUUUCAUUUAUUAAGUUAACUGGUUUUAUAAUAAGGAAUUAUUGAAUUCAGGCUCUAUGUUUUGGUAUCAUUUAUUCUCUCAAGAUAUUUAACAUUAUGGAAUAACGAUUUAAUCUAAAAUAAUAUUUAUUGAUUAAAAUGAUGAUUCAAAAUUAAUUAUAUCUUUAGAAAAUGGAAAUUAAAAAUUUGUUAUAUCACCUAAUAAUACGGAAUUUAUUGGAGGCUAAUAAAAUAUUCCUGAUUCAAUAGUUUAUUUUAAUUAAUUUAUUCCUCAUAAUAAUGCCAAUUUUACUAUAGAAGUUGAAUCCUAAAGCUUAACUUAUUAUACAAACUUUGUUAUAUUAAUUCAUAAUUGUGCACCAUAUUGCAAAUCAUGCACUGGUCCAAAGAAAUCAGAAUGUUUAGAAUUUGAAAAAGGAUUAAAAGAAUUUGACUCUACAAUGCUAAAAUGUAACCUAGGAUAUUAUGAAACAUAAGCAAAUUAUUGUAUGUAAUGCUUAGAACUUAAUUGCCUUUCUUGUACAAAUAACAAAGAUUGUUUAUUAUGUAGAAAUGGAUGCAAAUUAACAAAAUAUUAAAAAUGCAUUUGCAAUUGA